GUCUUCCGGGCAGUGUCUUCGCUGUUGCGCACAACAGACCAGAGUUUAGUUCCUAUGGAGGGAAGUCUACCUUAUCCAGUAUCUAUGUGAUUCAGUUGGGCAUUUCCCGCUCAGACCCGUUGAUUCUGAUAGCCCAGUGGAAGGCACAUACCUCAAGACCUAUGAGAAUGACUUCUAUUUCGAUGAGGUUCUUUGCGGUUGUUCUUGUAAGCCUCUCUGUGGUCAGAGGCUUUCAGACGUCCUCAUGGGAAGGACAACUCUUCCAGGAAGAGACAAGGAGGAGAACUCGGAGGGACGAAACUAGUCCUGGCUGUGAUACGAUGAACCAGUGCGCGAGAACGUUCUAUGACUUUCAAGCCCCUCUAAAUGUGUGGAGGAGGAUGAAGAUAGGCCAGCCCCUGGGGGUCACAGCCGAGAACUUGGAUGCAUUUUGCCAGAUCUUGGGCGAGGCUUUGGACUGCGUUGAGAGCGACCCUGGGGCCAUGCAGUGUGAGACGGACUCUUCAGUUCCUCACUUCACUGAAACUGGAAGACCAUACCACACGUACCUCUGUGCUGCGGAACGGAGACCACUUGUCCUGUCCCUGGCUGACGUUCGGUGCUCCCUGAGUGUCAACUACCGACUUAUCUACAGUGACUGUCUCGCACAGAUUUACGCCGCUUCCAUGGCUGCCCUGGGGCGGUCCAGGGUCUUGGCCAAUAGAGACAGGGGAAACUGUCCAUUUCUGCUUCAGAACAGAGACUGCAUGAGACAGACCAUGCUUGCCUGGUGCGGUCCGGAGGUAGCAGAAGUCGCCAGCAGUCUCUGGAACUUGAGAAACAGACACCGAUACGAGGCCGAGGACAGGUGGUAUCGAUGCUCAUGAGAUCAUGAUGAACUUCUCCGUGCAUGAGACGCCUCACCUUGGACCACAGCUGCUUCCAACUUCUACUCUGUUUGACAGACAACUUUUUUCUACUUCACGUGACAUACCUGAAGCAGAUAUCGGUAAUAAUGGCAUGCCAUGCAUUUAUCUGCUCUGAUACU